AUGGAACAAUAUAAUAAUACGGUGGCUGAGUUUAUCCUGGUGGGAUUCACAACAGAUCCUGUGAUACAGCUAGUCCUGUUUGUGAUUUUCCUUGCUGUGUAUGCAUUAACUGUAUUAGGAAACAGCACUCUGAUUGUGUUGAUCUGCAGUGACUCCCGACUCCACACACCCAUGUAUUUCUUCAUUGGAAAUCUAUCUUUUCUGGACUUUGGAUUGUCCACAGUAUACACUCCAAAGAUUUUAGUGACCUGCAUCUCUGAAGACAAGGGCAUCUCUUUUGCUGGCUGUGUGACUCAGUUUUUCUUCUCUGCUGGACUUGGGUAUACUGAGUGUUACCUUUUGGCUGCCAUGGCUUAUGAUCGUUAUGUAGCCAUCUCAAAGCCUCUGCUUUAUUCACAAGCCAUGUCCUUAAAGCUAUGUGCAUUUUUAGCGACAGCCUCAUAUUUGGGUGGUUUCAUUAACUCUGUCAUCAUCACCAAAGACACUUUUUCCUUGACUUUCUGCAGUGACAAUGUGAUUGAUGACUUUUUCUGUGAUAUUCCACCCCUAGUGAAGCUGGCCUGUGGCAAGAAGGGGAGCUUCCAGUCUGUGUUGUUCUUCCUCUUGGCUUCCAAUGUCAUCAUCCCCAUUGUGUUUAUCCUGGUUUCUUAUCUUUUCAUCAUUGCCACGAUCUUGAGGAUCCGCUCCACUCAGGGCCGCCUCAAGGCCUUCUCCACCUGCUCCUCCCACAUCAUUUCUGUGACCUUGUACUAUGGCUCCAUUCUCUAUAUUUAUACUCGUCCCCGGUCCAGCUACUCUUUGGAUAGGGACAAAAUUGUUUCAACCUUUUACACAGUGGUUUUCCCCAUGUUGAAUCCCUUGAUCUACAGUCUGAGAAAUAAAGAUGUAAAUGAGGCUCUGAAUAAAUUAUUCAAAUAA